UUGCUUUCGACAGGCAGCUUGAGCUUUGAGUGUGCGUCCAGGCUAAUACUGCGCUGAGCGUGUUAUUAAUCAGCAUCUCGUGGUUGGGAUUUUCAUACCGGGCUGGUUUUAUGAUCUUUGGGUGUGUGCAGCAGGGCAGGGAAGGUACAGUCAGCGUGUGGGUGGAAGCAGGUGUUGGUGACCCAGGGUGUGGUUGAAAAUGAACAGCCAAAAAGCCAUCAAGCUGUCACCAGCCAUGGUUCAAUCACGUGUGCAUAAUAUUAAGCAUUUGUCCUUACUCAUCUCUGAGCACACAUGAUGUUCUGGCCUAUCUGUCUGCAAAGUAGUACCUUUUGACCUCACUUUGAUACACCUAUUCAGAUAGACACCUCCCCUGUUUGACUGCUCAACUAGUGUCUGUUUAACUUCCUCUCUCCAAAUAACAAUACCGUUUAACAUCUUUGUUCCCUUUAUAGACUAUAUAACAAGCAUUCAACUAAUAGCGCUUUUCCCCUCCGGUGCAAAGCGUAACAAUCAAAACAUGACUGAAUUCAUAGGCAGUUAGGGCACAAAUUGUGAGUCCUCUCAAAGCUUGACUCUAAACAAUAGGUUUUGUUUUUAGUUCAGUGGAGGCCUCUUUUUGUCUUGGGUAAGAAACAAGGUAAUUGGGGUCAAGCAUACAGUUGACCUGGUCUGUGUUGAGUGGAAUAACUCUCUCAGAAACAGUUACAUUUUUGGCAGAGCUGACAGUUUAGGCUUUUGAUUAAGCCCAAAGCCCUGCAUUCAGUUCCUUCCUUCUAAAAGCUUAAUUCCACUCAAUCCACUGCCUUCCUUCAAAACGGUCCACUAGCUGUAUUUCCCUCUGCAUGACUACCCUUUCAGUAUGCCCUUUAAUGUAUGUGUCAGUGUGUUUGUUCUAAUGAGGCCUAAUGACUCUUUUCUAUAAAAUAUUGGAUUAAGAGAUCUGGGAAUGCUGUAAUUGAAACUGGCACAAACGUAGAGCCUAAUUAGUUUCCUCGAAGAAGUGGAAGGCAUUGUACACACUGUACUGACCUCUCUGCUAAUUGCUAUUCAUGUGAAGGAGAGUUUGGUUACAUCGUAAGGCCUAUUCUCUUGUUCUCCUGAGAGCUAUACUGUAUCUGAGAUUGUGUUAGGUUUGAACCAACUCUUGCACCAGAAUCAGUGUGAAAGGAGAUGGAUCUUCAAUACACACGUAUGUCUAGUAUCAGACCGUCUGACAACAGUCUGUCUGCAUGCCUACCACCCAGUCUAUCCAUUGUCCUCUAUGUAUGUUUAAGACCAGGACCCAAGCCCAGCUCAGUUAAUCCCUACCAUUGUGUUGCUGAGUUGUCAUAGUGCUUCAGCAAAUGUACAUUAUCCUAGGGGCAUUGGAAGACACAAUGUAAGUAACAUCAUUUAUGUCCCUUUUACCUCCCUGAAUGGCUCUGCUGAUCCCACAGCUAUUGCAUGCAGUAAUCAUGGGCCUAUGAACCAGAGUUAUACUGUUAGCAAUGAGGCGAUGUGCCUUAGUAGGAAGACCACUGUGUGCAGCUCACCCUGCACUAACAUAAAUAACAUGAGCAUGUCUGCCUCUGCUAAGCUUCCCAGUAAAGCAAUGAAAACAAUCAAGUCUCCCAGAAAGUGCUAAAAAUAGUCCACGUUAACAUAUGUUGUUUAAGAACUAGAUUCAGGAAAUCAAUAAUUUGCAAGUAAAAGAUUCUGACAAUUUCUGAAACUCACUUAGAUAAUACCUUUGAUGAUACAGUGGUAGCAAUACAUGGUUAUAACAUCUACAGAAAAGACAGAAAUGCCAAAGGAGGAGGUGUUGCCAUUUAUAUUCAGAUCCACAUUCCUGUAAAACUUAGAGAGGAUCUCAUGUUAAAUGCUGUUGAAGUAAUAUGGCUCCAGGUUAAUCUGCCUCACCUAAAGCACAUUCUGGUGGGAAGCAGCUGUAGACCACCAAGUGCUAACAGUAUCUGGAUAACAUGUGUGAAAUGCUUGACAAUGUAUGUGAUAGCAACAGAGAUGUAUAUUUUCUGGUUGAUUUAAAUAUUGACUGGCUUUCAUCAGGCUGCCCACUCAAGAAAAAGCUUCCGACUGCAACUAGUACCUGCAACCUGGAAAGCUUCAAACUGUAACCAGUGCCUGCAACCUGGUUCACGUUAUCAGUCAACCUACCAGGGUAGUUACAAACAGCACAGGAGAGAUGCAGCAGUAUUUUGCUUAAAGCAGUAUCCAAAUCCAUCGGAUGUAAUGAUCACAAUAUCGUAGCCAUAUCUAGGAAGACCAAAGUUCCAAAGGCUGGGCCUAAUAUAGUGUAUAAGAGACGUUUUGUAGUGAUUCCUAUGUUGUUGAUGUAAAGAAUAUUUGUUUGUCCGUGGUGUGUAAUGAGGAGCAACCAGACGCUGCACUUGACACAUUUAUGAAAUUGCUUAUCCCAGUGAUUAAUAAGCAUGCACCCAUUUAGAACAUUACUGUAAAAAAUGUUAAAUCCCUGUGGAUUGAUGAGGAAUUGAAAAUGGUAUAGUUGCGAGUAGAGGUCGACCUAUUAAUUAGGGCCGAUUUCAAGUUUUCACAACAAUCGGUAAUCGGCAUUUAGGAACACCAAUCAUGGCCGAUUACAUUGCACUCCACGAGGAGACUGCGUGACAGUCUGACUACAUGUUAUGCGAGUGCAGCAAGGAGCCAAGGUAAGGUGCUAGCUAGCAUUACACGUAUCUUAUAAAAAACAAUCAAUCUUAACACAAUCACUAGUUAACGACACAUUGCACUUUUACUUUCUUCUCCAACACUUUUUUUUGCAUUAUUUAAACCAAAUUGAACAGGUCUCAUUAUUUAUUUGAGGCUACAUUUAUUUUAUUGAUGUAUUAUAUUAAGUUAAAAUAGAAGUGUUCAUUCAGUAUUGUUGUAAAUGUCAUUAUUACAAAUAAAUAAAUAAAAUCAGCCGAUUAAUCGGUAUCUGCUUUUUUUGGUCCUCCAAUAAUCAGAUAUCGGUAUCGGCGUUGAAAAAUCAUAAUCAUCCGACCCCUAGUUGAGAGGGAUAAAGAAAAAGGAAUGGCAAAUAAGUCUGGCUGCACAACUGAUGGGCAAAUAUACUGCAAAUUGAGAAAUCAUGUGACUAAACUGAAGAAAAUGAAGAAAAAACGACACGAUGAAACAUAGAUAAAUUACAUAAAUAAUGAUUUGUCCAAAUAACCAGUGAUGAAAAAAGGCAAACACAGGAACUACCGCUGCUCAUUAUCCCAGGCAUCCCAUUCCUUCCAGACAGAUUCUACGAUACCAGUUAUGUUUACGUAUAUUUGUUCACGACAGCUUACUCACAGACUAUCACUCAAUGUGAUGCAACGUGUACCAGCAGUAAUUUUAGAAGAGGCUAGGGUGUUAGAAGAGAGGGACCACUGACUUUGGUCACAGACAUUAGGCAACAAAGUGCUUAUGUGAAAAAAGGUUCUAUCUUACACUUGGGACUGACUCUCACAACUCUACAUACAACUUUGGUCCAGCCCCUGUUCCUUUUUCCUUUAAAGAACAGUCUCACCAUCGUCAUUCAUCAGUGCAGUAUAAACUGGCUACUGCGUCUGGACUGCUUGUGUUGAUCUUAUAAAGUAGAUCUCAUUUACCUAACUACCUCCAAGAAUUUAACUGUUGGGCUUUGUUGAGUAAACUGUUGCUCAAGGGACAGGCUGAAUGAUCACUUUAGAUGUUUGCUCAAGCCCAGACAAUCUCAUGCAUCACAUCGAUGUGAAGAGGUUUCACCGAUGAGGCAUUAGAUGAGGCAGGCCUGAAACGUAAACGUUGAUUGUAAUCAUGCAAAGCACUUUUUUGGAAAAAGGUUGUAUAUCUAAAUACUCAAUUUGUGUUUUUCCAAGUUAGAUGAAUUCAAUUAUAACCAACUAAGCCUAAAGCCACAGUCAACAAUUCGCCAGCCACAUCACCGUGACUGGGCAGAAAUUCACAGACUCACUCCUGAGGAGAAGGAGAUUUAUUUGCAUGGAGGUUCGGUUGCGCUGACAGAACCAGGAAAAUGUUAACAUAAACAAGUUCUAAAAAUGCAAGUAACCUUCCAGUUGAUGCUAACAGUAGGAGCAGCGGUGAUUGGCUCACUGCAGUUCGGUUACAACACAGGUGUCAUCAACGCCCCUCAGAAGGUUAUUGAGAGGUUCCUCAAUGAGACAUGGGUCGACCGCUACCAGGAGCCCAUCACCAAGACCUCCCUCACCACCCUGUGGUCCGUCUCCGUCGCCAUCUUCUCUGUCGGCGGUAUCUUCGGCUCCUUCUCCGUGGGCCUGUUUGUCAACCGCUUUGGCAGGAGGAACUCCAUGCUCAUGGCCAACGUGCUGGCCUUUGUCUCCGCUGCUCUCAUGGGCUUCUCUAAGAUGGGUGGCUCAUGGGAGAUGCUGAUCAUCGGGCGGUUCGUGGUGGGACUUUACUCCGGCCUCUCAACUGGCUUUGUACCCAUGUACGUGGGUGAGGUGGCCCCCACUGCCCUUCGAGGAGCCCUGGGUACCCUCCACCAGCUGGGCAUUGUCACUGGCAUCCUGAUGGCACAGGUGUUUGGCAUGGAGGCCUUAAUGGGGAACGCGUCUCUGUGGCCCUUCCUGCUGGGCUUCACCUUCAUCCCAGCCCUGGCGCAGUGUGCCCUGUUGCCCUUCUGCCCUGAGAGCCCCCGCUUCCUCCUCAUCAACCGCAACGAGGAGAACAAGGCCAAAACUGUCCUGAAGAAGCUGCGUGGGACCCCAGACGUAAGUGCAGACAUGCAGGAGAUGAAGGAGGAGGCCAGGCAGAUGAUGAGGGAGAAGAAGGUGACCAUCCUAGAGCUGUUCCGCUCGCCACUCUACCGCCAGCCCAUCUUCAUCGCUAUCAUGCUCCAGCUCUCCCAGCAGCUGUCUGGCAUCAACGCUGUUUUCUACUACUCUACCCGUAUCUUUGAGAAGGCCGGAGUUGCUCAGCCUGUUUAUGCUACAAUUGGUGCCGGUGUGGUCAACACGGCCUUCACUGUGGUGUCGCUGUUUGUGGUGGAGCGUGCUGGACGCAGGUCUCUCCACCUGCUGGGGCUGAUAGGAAUGGCAGGCGCUGCCGUCCUAAUGACCAUCGCUCUGGCUCUGCUGGACAAGCUGCCAUGGAUGUCCUACGUGAGUAUUGUGGCAAUCUUUGCCUUUGUGGCGUUCUUUGAGAUCGGCCCGGGUCCCAUCCCCUGGUUCAUUGUGGCUGAGCUGUUCUCCCAGGGUCCCCGGCCCUCGGCCUUCGCUGUGGCUGGCUUCUCCAACUGGACUGCCAACUUCAUAGUGGGCAUGGCCUUCCAGUAUGUAGAGGAGUUGUGUGGCCCUUAUGUCUUUGUCAUCUUCACCAUACUGCUGCUCAGCUUCUUCAUCUUCACCUACUUCAAGGUGCCUGAGACCAAGGGCCGGACGUUUGAUGAGAUCUCAGCCGGGUUCCGCCAGUCGGCUGGCACUGGUGGAGAGAAGCACUCGCCAGAGGAGCUCAACAGCCUGGGGGCUGACUCUCAGCUCUAAGCACCUGUCCCUCCCCUCUCCUCUCGUUCCACUCCCGCUGAUGAGGCCCGGCCCUGAACCCUCUCUGGCCACCCCAACCUGAGGGGACCACUCACUAACUGCGUGCAAACUGACUACUAAACUGACACACUGGUUGUCAUUACAUUUCAGGCAUCUUCACCAAGCAGAGAACAGAUGCCCCGAUCCCCCCUCCCGAUCCCCUGUCUGAAAGUCCCUAGCUCCUUUCUCUUCUUAUCACAACACUAACUUGGUGGGAGCAGGGACAAGGGUGGCAGAAGGUGGGUUGGAAUGGUAGAUGGUUAGUAGAACGAAAAGGGGGGUCUUCAAUUAUACAACGGUCACCGCCAAGUUACUUUUAUUUCAUUUUCUCUUAUUUUGUCUGUUGCCUUAAUCAUUUUGUCAGUUUAGAUAUCCAUGCGUAUGUCUCUUAUGUAGGUCUCAGUACUUCUCAUUUAAGUAAGGGAUGAUUUUAAAGUUCAGAAUUUGUUUUUGUUCCCUUCGUUACUUGAUGAAACAGAGCAUACUGUGUAGCAACACUGUAGCCACAGCAAAUUUGAGCAGUUGUUGUGGAAUUGAAAUAUGACAUUUGUACUGUUUUCCAACAGGAGGAGCAGUACCCUCAAUGAAAUGCCUUCUACUGUAUCGUACCACAACUUGACUUGCUUUGCCAGUCCAGAGACUAAACCACAGCGAAUCGUUAUUGUGUUCCACAUAGGGGAUGUCUGAGGCUACAUAUAACAAUAUGUAUCUUUGUUACACAGACCCUCUGUUUAUGACCUAAAUGAUUUACUGGAUCAAUCAAGACCCUCAAGACAUUGUAUGCCAUGUAAAUAUUUUUUGUACCAACUCAUUUUUAACUUCUGUCCAGAUAGAAUUUUGAUUAUUUUAGAAAUAUUUGUUUCUUAUGGAAAAAUAAAUCAAAUCAUAAAGAGUAAUUUUUAUGAGGUUUAUUUCUUAGUGAGUUACAGCACUGUUACAAAAAUGUGAUCAAACAUUGGGUGCAUACUUUUUGGCUGUAAGUACUGUAUGUGUACAUGUAAUAUUUCAUUCCCAAGCAAUACCCAUGAGCAUGAAUUUUACACUAUGAAAACAUAGGACUAGUUGAAAUAUUUUCUACUCUGACACUAGUGAUGGUAGUUGGCGCCUUGAAUAUGACAGUAGAUUUGAUCAUUGGAAUCACUCAUCCGCUUCUUCAUAAGAGCAAACUGUUGAAAAGCAACGUACGCCUGUUUCACUGCAUGCUAAUAUGAGCGUAACCCCCCGCUAAAACUAAACUGAAGUCCCUCACAACAGGCUUCCUUUCAAACAGGGUCUAGUAUGUAAUGUGGCUUCCAGCUGUACCAAGGUCUGCUUCAUCCUAAAAGUGCUUUUACACCCUUUGGGGUCAGACUCACAACUAAUGAUCCAUUUUUCUAGAAAAGUUGUGAUUUUUGUUAUUGUAACUCCUCAAUGCCUUUGCAUAGUUCAGCACUGUAGGGGCUGUUAUAUUGUUCAGUUAUGUUGUGUGACACAUAGCUGACAACCCUGUAUAGUUGGCUGAUUCAAGCGACUCCACCUCUUGAUGUAGAGGUUCCUGUCUAUGACUGCUGUGCCACUUCAAUAAGUUUUCCUUUCAUUUUAUAAGGCAUUUUGAGAAGUGUUUUUAGCGGCAUUUUUUCAUCCACAAUGUUGGUUGUUUUGUCACAAAAAAAAAUCUUACGUAAUAGUAGUUGGAGUAUUUCUCAAAAUGUUCUACAAAAUGUCGAACCCUAUUAUGUUACUGCAAAGAGAUUGGGUUAGAUGUCAUUGUUUUGUUUUUUAACUACAUGAUUAGCCUAACCUAUCCCUACAUUCACAGGUCUUUGUUAUUUGAAAUCAAAAGGUAGGCAGAAUAUGUUUUACAAUCUAAUAUAGGCUAAUCCAGCGAGUCUAAAGUGAAUACGGUUUUAAAGUGGUUUAAAUGGUUUUCGUAAUGGCCCUUGACCCAAACAGAACUCCACAAGAAACAUCCCAUUGUAAUCAUUCCAUGAUGACUUUGUGUGCAUUCACAUGCAUGCAAAUAUAUGUAUGUGUCUUUGAAAUUAUAUGGGACUCUUUAGUACAGUCUCCUCCACAAACAAUCUGUCGGUUAAACACUGCAACCUCCUUGACUGUAAGUCGCCCUAAGUCAUCAAAUGUCAGGAUCAAUGUUGGCACCAAAGACUUGGCAUAUGUCGGAUUGAACUCUGACCCUGUGAUGGAGAGAAAAAGAUGCACUUAUGGACUGAAAUCAAAUGCAAUGUACUUUGUGUGUUUAGUUUUUGACAAUUAUGUUUUGGCAUUUUAUAAACACAUUUAUUAACACAUGAUGUAUGCAUAAAACAGUUGAAGAAAUCCAUCACUGCACAUAAUGAGGCCACACGGCUUUUAAUGUAAAUACAAUAGAUAGUAGGGAAUCCAAAUAUAUAAAUAUUGUAUUUUAGUUACUACUCGUAUCGGUAGUUGUACAUCUAUUUUUGCAUAAUAAACACACCUGCCUUUAUUUUCUCUGAUUUGCUCUCUGAAGAAAUAUUGUUUGAGAUAACUAUUAACACAAUCUUAUUUCAGCUUUGUACAUGAACCAUUGAAUGAUAUAUAAUAUUUAUUAGAUGUCUAAUUUAUUAGAUGUUUUUAUUUUCUCAAUUUUAGUGCAGUAUUAAUUUACAUUUUGUAAAAGCACCUGUGUGUAUGUUGGGUGGAUAUGAACCUCCAACAGAACAAUCUUUUGUAAAACAGCGUGCUAUGAUGUCAGUGUCCUGAUGGUUUUCUUUUGUAAGAUGUGUGGUUGGAUUUUUUAAUCAAUAAAAUAAAACAAGCAUACAGGGAAA